GGAUUAACGCGAUAGAUAGCGCCUCUGACUGCUUCAACGAACCACAAUGGAGACUAAAUAGGAACUCGCACGAAAUAUCCGGGCGUUUUAUUUAUUUAAAACAGAAAGUUACGUGUGUAUCGGUAGUUUCAUAAAUCUCCAGUUCACACAUUGACACGUAAUCAGGAAAAGAAGUUGCGGUCAGAGCCUUGGAGUGUUUCUACAAGUGUUUUGAACAAGGAAAUCGUCUCAGGCUAACGUUAUGUAGCAAGCUAAUCUCAUUUAUACACUCGUAAACUCAGCUAUCAUUUCACGGACUGUUACAAAUCCUACAACAAGGCAUGACCGAGUACAAACUUGUGGUGGUCGGGGCAGGAGGCGUGGGGAAGAGCGCCCUCACUAUCCAGCUCAUCCAGAACCACUUUGUGGAUGAAUAUGAUCCAACCAUCGAGGACUCCUACAGAAAACAGGUGGUGAUUGACGGAGAGACGUGUCUGUUGGACAUCCUGGACACUGCAGGUCAGGAGGAGUACAGCGCUAUGAGGGACCAAUACAUGAGGACAGGAGAGGGCUUCCUCUGCGUGUUCGCCAUCAACAACACCAAGUCCUUUGAGGACGUUCACCUCUACAGAGAGCAGAUCAACCGGGUGAAGGACAGUGACAGCGUUCCCAUGGUGUUGGUGGGGAACAAAAGCGACCUGAGUUCCCGCUCGGUGGAGACGCGGCAGGCGCAGGAACUGGCACGAACCUACGGUGUGCCGUUUGUUGAGACUUCCGCCAAAACCAGACAGGGUGUAGAAGAAGCUUUUUAUUCGCUAGUACGGGAGAUUAGAAGAUAUAAAGAGACCAACCGCAGCAACAAGAAGAGCAAGAAGAACACUCAGAGACGUUGCAUAAUACUAUAGCAGAGCACAUACACCAGCAUCCCACAGAUGCAGCACUUGUUUCAUGCUCCCCCCUCUCACACACACACCUCCUCUGUCACUUCAGAGACGUCCAGCACAGCUCUGGACAGGGAAGCAGAUCCAGUCUCCUGCUGUCAGUUUUCAUUUAAAGGCAUACUAUGCAGGAUUUGUCGGCUGCUGCUGUUUGUAAAUGCAACAUUUAAAGGUGGCCCCUCCUCCUAAACGACACCAGAGCUAGUUGGGAGUGAGAGAGAGCAGCGUUGAUCGAGCGCGCUAGAGAGUGAAUGAAGAGAUGGAGCGGCGGUAGCAAAAACAAACCGUCAAUCAGAUAAAUAAAACGUAAUUUUCUGAUUGUUUCAAGGUCAUCAGUGCGAUUAUUUAUCAAUUCCUGAUCAGUUUUGAUCUGUGUGUGGGGGGAAAAAAGUAGGCCUACACAAGGUUUCAGUGUCAACACUGAUUUAUUACAACUGUUUUAUUAUCUCCACUGUUUAUCAAUAACCUUGCAUGCUGAUGAAUAUAUGAAACAUAACAGGUAGAUAAGAUAAAUGGUCCACAACCAAAAGUUAAUUAUUGAAUGAAUUAAUGUGAAAGCAUCGUAUAGUUUCCUGUCUGUGUGAGAAUAACAAAGUGAGCGGGUGGAGGAGUGCUCUGCUGUGUUAUUAACAUCUCUCCAGCAGUGGAGAGCGAGUCUAUACUCAGUCUCUUAAGGAAAAUCCUGCAUAGUAUGCCUUUUUAAAAGUAAGCUGCAACAAGAUUGGCCAUUUAUUCAUCCAAUGUGCGGUGUUCAUUUAACACUGAAUUGUUGGUUUUUGUUUUGAUGACCAAACAACUAGAAACUGCAGUUUUUAGUUGAGUUUUUUUUUUUUUUCCAGCAUUUGUGAAAACUUAAUUUGGGUCUGUGGUAGACUUUUUUUUUUCCUUCAAGAACCUAAAUGAGAAUGAGUCUGGAAAGAUAAUUAUUUUUCUGUAAUUGUGAUUUGUCCGGCCAGUGUUUUUACAGACAUUUCAGCUCCUGUUCGACGGUUCACAGUGGUGCGUCGCUGCACUUUGCACCGUCGCAUCAGGUGAUCCAAAUCAAAAUGAUUUUAUGACUCAACACAUUUAGUGUGGUGAAAUUUGUCAUGUGACUUAUGUGAUUGCUCAAGUACACAUCUGUCUUCAUGGAGCCCCACCCAAAAAAAACGAACAUGAAAGUCAUCCUACUGACAACGAUUUCCUAUGAAAACAUUGUGCUUCCAGACAGAUGAUUGGCCAAAACUUUCUGGAAGUUGAGAAAUGAGUUGUCUUCUCCUGGUGUUUCUUCACAGUUUAGUGUGUCCUUUUGGGCUUGAAACACAACAGCAAUAUCUAACGUGUAUGUUUUGCUUUUCCACAAAGACCACAUGUCAACGAAAAUGCUGUAAAAAGGACACGAUCACCACGGUAACAAAGCCUCAAAAUAGUGUUCCAGACUCCUAGGUGCACUUUAUUCAUCUCCUGUUAUGUGUUUAUUGUAGAGUUUAGGAUUAGUUAGUGCCAUUGAAAAAGUUAACUCAGGAAUAUGGUGUCUUAUCAGGAAGUAAGGAGUAACAGACUGGGAGCUGUGUCCAAUGAUUGGUUGAGAUGGGAUGUUUUGUCUCCAUCAGCUUAUUGUUGAACUGCUGUUUGUCCCACACAGUCACACUGUAUUCCAAAGUCUACUUUUAAUACAUUUUUUUUUUUAUUUGUCAGUUCCAGUGUUGUUGCAAUUGUAAGUCGCUGUGUCCAAAUACUGUUAGAUGCAAACAUCAAGCAUGUACCAUGAGAAAAUGUGCCAUAUGGUACAACAUUUUAACCACAACUGAUGCUGAAAGCAGUUUUCAGUCAGCAGGAAGAGUUCAGACACAGUGACGGUCAUCUUAUCUGAUCAUACUUGAUGCUGAUAAGGAUAUUCAAUAGGGCAACCACUUUUUUUUUUAUAUAGCUGUGUUUGUCUUCUUUGAUAAUUAGUCACCCUAAAUGUAAUGGAUUUGUUAAAUUUCUAUUUUUGUAGCAUUACAAACAGCUUUUCCCCAAUUUAAAAAACAUCUGCAUUAAUAAACUGCUGCCCUUAUAGUUAUUGUAAGUUCAAGUAACUAACUUCAGUUGGUAACAGAGGUGAGUCCAUCCAUGGAGGAUUCCUAAUUAUCCUCCAAAUGUCUGUCUCAUUAUCUGGACUGUUAAAAUACAGAGCAACUCUAAAAGGUUUGAAAACUUGAUCUGAUCUGAACAAGUCUCUCACUGACAGCUGUGUAAAAUCUGUAAUGAACAAGUAAAAGUCUUUUACGUCU